ACACUUAUGCUGAGGAAUACGACUUGGAAGAAUCCCAAGACUUCCUGACUUACCCCAUCAUCCACGACCAAGCACAUGAACUCACUCAACAAUUAGAGGGUUUCUGUGAGAAAUUUUACCAUUUGUUUGGUUAUGGGGUUCGUGGUACUUAUGGCAUCGACCUUGAGGAAAGCAGUGAAGCUAAUUUAGUAACUAAUUUUUUUACUUUAACCAAGCCAAGAUUUGAACUUGAUUGUUUUAAUAGUUGUAAAGUUAAAAAACAAGUCAUUCUUAUUCUCUGCAAUCCUCCUUUUAACGGUUACGUCGGAUUUCGGUUAAAUUUGACAACCAAAAGUCAGCGAUGGCAGAAAUCUAUCCAAGGAACUUAUCCACCAAUCAGUAGCAUUAUCAGUUUACCCAAGAAUAUUUUUGAAGGAGUUAUUUUUCAUUCUGAGAUUUUAAUUUUCAAUGUAAAGGGACUAAAAGGCCAUUAUUUUUUUAACCCAACUAGUAAAAUCGAACAGAGAACCCCAAUUUAA